GCCUGUCAGCUCAGUCGAGAGCGCGCCGCCGAGACGAGCGCCCGGUGCAGGCGCGAACGUGUGUGACCCCAGCCCCAGCCUAGCCCCAGCCCAGCCCCAGCCCCACCAGCCCCACUAGCGGCCAGCCCCCCGGCUUGGAAACUGUGGCAUGGGUGAUGGUGCCAAGAUGACAAUGCAGUGGUUCCUGCCAGCGCUGCUGGUGCUGAGCGCGCUGUGCUCGCUGGCGACCGCUGAGCCGCGCUACCCCCAGCAGAGCACGCACCGGCCGCGCCACUGGCAGCGCGGCGCCCGCACGCUGGAUGAGCGAACACCCAGCCAGUUUGUCGGGCCACACGUCUGCCGGAGUCGCAACAGCACGCAUUGCUGUCCAGGAUGGACUUCCAGGCCAAAUUCGCUUCUUUGUGUUGUCCCCAUCUGCCGGCCGGACUGCGGGCCCGGGCCGGGCUCGUGCGUGGCGCCCAACAUGUGCCGCUGCCCGGGCGGCGUGGAGGCGCCCUCUUGCGCCAACGGGGGACUCUAUCCUUACCCACCGCGCACGCGCGGCGGCUGCCGGCGCAUCUGCAUGAACGGCGGGACGUGCACCAACGGCACCUGCGCCUGCGCGCCCGGCUGGAGCGGCGAGUUCUGUACCGACCCAAUUUGCCGCGAGCCAUGCCUGCAUGGAGGGCGCUGUAUCGCGCCCGACCGCUGCGUCUGCUUCCACGGCCUGUCUGGGACACGUUGUGAGAUCGAUAGAAGGACUGGGCCCUGCUACACCGACACUCGCGGAGCCUUAUGCACUGGAGCGCUAGAAGGAGUGGUGUGCACCAAACAGCUGUGCUGCGCCACCGUGGGCGUAGCUUGGGGGCACCCUUGUGAGCGCUGCGGGGACCUCGACUGCCCCACUGGACAUCUAAGGAAUCUUGCUACUAAGGAGUGCCAGGACAUCGACGAGUGCGCAGCGGUCCCAGGGCUAUGCAGCGGCGGCAAGUGCGUGAACAGUAUCGGUUCGUUUUCGUGCGAGUGCCCGCCCGGCCAGCGCCGCCACCGCGUCACCAACAACUGCGAGGACAUCGACGAGUGCGAGGACCCUGACAUCUGCCCCAACGGCAAAUGCGUGAAUACUGAAGGCGACUACUACUGUCUUUGCAAUCCUCACUUCAUUCCUAGUCCAGACAAGAAGUUUUGUAUCGAUGGCCGUGUGAGCAGUUGCUUCGCGUACUUGGGCGAGACGGGAGAAUGUGCCGAAAGGCUGCCAGUCCAGCUGUCGAAUCGCGACUGCUGUUGUGGUUUCAACAUGGGUCGAGCUUGGGGUGAUCUUUGUACACCUUGCCCUCCCAGAGGAGCUGUGGAAUGGAUCCAUCUCUGUGGCGGCGGCGGCGUGCCUCCCUACUGGCACCGCAACACGACCGGCGGCGGCGGCGGCGGCGGCGGCGGCGGGCUCGGGCCGGACGACGACUUCGAGGCCAAGUCUAUCGCCGUCUACCCCAAGAUCAACGAGUGUAUGCUGAGGAGCGGAAUUUGCGGCCUGGGAGAGUGUGUUGAUAAGGAUGUUGGAUAUUCAUGUAACUGCUGGGAUGGCGCGGAAGAGACAGUACAGGAUGGCAACCCGAUCUGUAUUGAUAUCGACGAGUGCGCGCUCGGCUACUGCAAGGGAGGCACUUGUAUCAAUAACCCCGGCUCCUUUGAAUGCAGAUGUCCACCAGGCUUCGACCCUGUAGACAACAACAGACGGUGCAGUGACCAAAACGAAUGUGAAAUGACGAACGGAGCCAUGUGCACCAAUGGCAUAUGCAGAAGCAUUGGACCUGGCACCUACGAAUGUGUUUGCAACGCCGGCUACGAGUCGACGGAGACCGGCAACGCGUGCCGCGACGUGGACGAGUGCCGCGACACGCCCAACGUGUGCCGCCGCGGCCGCUGCCGCAACACGCCCGGCAGCUACGACUGCCAGUGCGACGCCGGCUUCCAGUUCGUGCUGGGCGGCUACUGCAGCGACAUCGACGAGUGCAGCGACAAGUCCGUGUGCCAGGGCGGGCGCUGCGUGAACCUAGAAGGCUCGUUCCAGUGCGUGUGCGAGGCAGGCUACCGGCCGACAGCUGGGCGCGGCGCCUGCACCGACGUGGACGAGUGCGCCGAGCAGCGCGUGUGCCGCAACGGCCACUGCCAUAAUACCGCCGGGUCGUUCCGAUGCGAGUGCCUGCCUGGGUUCACGCUUAGUGCUGAUGGGAGGACUUGCUUAGAUGAAGUCCAAGAUUUGUGUUACGAGAAAUAUGAAGAAGGCCAAUGCUCUGGUCCUGGUUCCAGUCCUGUAACCAGGUCGCAGUGUUGUUGUAGUGCAAGUAAAGGAUUAAGAUUGGGUUGGGGCGUAUCCUGCAAACCAUGCCCGAAGAAUGGUACCAAGGACUACGAGGUCCUCUGCCCCUCGGGUGCCAGCAAAGACAACAGCGGAGCGGACAUUAACGAGUGCACAGUGAUCCCAGGCAUCUGCCAGCACGGGACCUGUGAAAACCUGGAACCGGGAUACAGAUGUAUUUGUGACCCUGGCUUCCAUCCUGAUGUGGAUAGCAUCUGUCGGGACAUUGACGAGUGCGAUAUGCAUCAAUCAUAUUGCACAGGCGGGCAGUGCCGCAACACGCCAGGCAGCUUCACGUGCGUGUGCCCGCCCGGCACGCGCUACGAGCCCGACGAGCAGCUGUGCCGCGACAUCGACGAGUGCGAGGGUGAGCUCACUUUCCUCGUCUCCGACUAUGAGCGCGGGGACAUCCCCCCCGCCUUCCCCGUCACAGAGCUGAACAACCCGUGCGACAACGGGCGCUGCAUCAACACCCACGGCAGCUACGAGUGCGAGUGCGAACAUGGCUUCGUGUUGGACGCCACCGGGCAACAUUGUUUGGAUAAUAGACGUGGUUCUUGCUGGCGUCGAGUGGUAGACGGGCAAUGUGAAGCCGCAGCGCCGCGCCCGCUUCUCCGGCAAGAGUGCUGCUGCAGCGUCGGCCUGGCCUGGGGCUCCCCCUGCGAGCCCUGCGACCUAGACCACUGCCCUUGCCCCAAAGGAUUUGCCAAGCUUGAUGGCUCCACAUGCCGUGACGUAGAUGAGUGUACCCUGGAUCCAGACCUAUGUGUGGGCGGGAGGUGCGUCAACACUGAUGGCUCAUACCGGUGCGAGUGUCCACCUGGCCUCACGCUUGACCCUAGCGGUAACAGAUGUGUGGACACUCGCCACGAGAUUUGCUACACAGAGUAUAUGGGAGGACGAUGCACAGGCCCGUUGCAGGCGGUCCUCAAAGCUGUGUGCUGUUGCUCUGCGCUUGGUAAAGCUUGGGGAGACUCGCGGUGCGAGCCUUGCCCGAAGAAAGGUACUGAUGCAUUCCGGAACUUGUGUAUGGUGAGCGACGUGACUGGCCCAACCGGAGUGUGGGACAGACCAUUCGAGGGCGGCGGCAACAUGACCGGCAUCUGGAGCCACACCGGCGACGGGCACGGCGGCGGCGGGCCCGGUGGCGGUCCCGGUAUGUGGCCGGACGGCGGGUGGCCGCCGGGUGGUUCUGAUGGAGACACCAGCUUCAUUGGCAAGGAGAUGGACGUCAACGAGUGCUCUGCUUUCCCUGGACUGUGUGGUCAUGGAAGAUGCAAGAAUAUGAUGGGCACUUUCGUGUGCGAAUGUUUCCCAGGAUAUGAACCGGAUUCCAAGAACCACACAUGUGUAGAUGUAAACGAGUGUGAGAUAGUGUCGAAUGUGUGCGGCGCUGGUGAGUGCCGCAACAAUGAAGGCAGCUUCAGCUGUCACUGCCACCCUGGCCACAGAGCUGAUGAGAUCUCCAAGGUUUGCGUGGAUAUCGACGAGUGCUUCGAAGACCGAUCGCUAUGCCGCGGCGGCCGCUGCGUCAACACCCCAGGGUCUUUCCGCUGCGAAUGCGCUCCUGGGAUGGAACUUUCACCUGACCGACUCUCUUGCAAGGAUAUCGACGAGUGUUCUAUUACUUCUGGAAUUUGCAGCAACGGAGCGUGUGAGAAUCUCAUGGGAACGUACCAGUGUGUUUGUGACGAAGGCUACGCGCAACUGUCAGUCAAGUCUCACUGUGAAGAUAUAGACGAGUGCUCGGAAGACCCCACUCGGUGUCAACACGAGUGUGUGAACACGCCUGGAUCUUACCACUGCGCUUGUAGGGAGGGCUGGCAACUGCGCGCUGACGGUCGCACGUGCCGCGACGUGGACGAGUGCGCGGGCGGCGCGCGGCCGUGCGGCGGCGGCGAGUGCCGCAACACGCCCGGCUCCUACGCCUGCACCUGCGCCGACGGGCUGCUGCCGGCGCCUGACAACGCGCCGCCCACCUGCAUCGACAUCGACGAGUGCUCCGACGUGCCAGAUCUUUGCGGAGCGGGCGAGUGCCGCAACACGAUCGGCAGCUUCGUGUGCCGCUGCCCCGACGGGUACAGCGUGAAGCCCGAGCAGGGCCCCGCCUGCACCGACGACGACGAGUGCGAGCUCGGCACCUGCGACUGCCACCCCGCCGCCGACUGCAUCAACCUGCCCGGCUCCUUCCAAUGCCGCUGCCGCGACGGCUGGCGCGGUGAUGGAACCGAAUGUGAGGACGUCGACGAGUGUGUGACCAACAACGGAGGCUGUCACCCUCGGGCUACCUGCCGUAAUACUGACGGCUCCUUCGUCUGCCUCUGCGACACUGGCUACAAAGGAGAUGGAUACUCGUGCGUGGACAUCGACGAGUGCGCCAACGACCCGACGCUGUGCGAGAACGGGCACUGCACCAACACGCCCGGCGGCUACUACUGCGACUGCGACGUCGGCUUCACCAAGACGCCCGACGAGAGAGCCUGUCUUGACAUGGACGAGUGCGCGACUUUCGACAACGUUUGCGUGUUCGGCCGCUGCGUGAACACGUACGGCAUGUUCAAGUGCAUCUGCGACAAAGGCUACCAGUCUGAUAACGUCGACGAAUUGAUGCUGGGCUUCAACUGCACGGACGUGGACGAGUGCAAGUCGCCGCAGUCGUGCCAGUACGGCGAGUGCGUCAACACGCAGGGCUCGUACGUCUGCCGCUGCCCGCCCAACUACGAGCUCGUCUCCGACGGCACUGCCUGCUUUGACUCGCGCAAGGCGCGCUGCUACGGCGAGGUGCAGGUGCGCGCGGGCGCCGAGCACUGCCACGACAGCGACGAGCUGUCCGAGGACGGCACCAUGGCCGCCUGCUGCUGCUCCGUCGGUGUCGCAUGGGGCAAUUACUGCGACCUCUGCCCAGAGCCGGGAACUGAAGCGUACAGACAACUUUGUCCUGGAGGCCCUGGCUACCAACCUGUGCUUGAACCGCCGUCAUACGUGGUAACCCUGGCCGACAUCGACGAGUGCGAGCAGCACCCAGCGCUGUGCGAGCACGGCACGUGCACGAACACGUUCGGCUCGUUCGUGUGCACGUGCGGCGACGGCUGGCAGCUGACCGACGACGAGCGCAAGUGCGUCGACGUCGACGAGUGCGCCGUGCCCGGGGUCUGCGGCCCGGGCAUCUGCCGGAAUCUACCCGGGUCUUAUGUCUGCCUGUGCCCGGAGGGAUAUGUGCCCAUGCCUAAUAACAAGGAGUGCGUCGACGUCCGCCAACGGCAAUGCUACUUAGAAUGGGACGCGGACAACAACGAGUGCUCGAACGCGGCCGGCGCGGCGCAGACGCGGCGCGUGUGCUGCUGCUCCGUGGGCCGCGCGUGGGGCGCGCCGUGCGAGCGCUGUCCCGCGCCCAGCGAGCCCGCCUACGCCGCGCUGUGCGGCGCGCGGCCCGGCCUCUACCGCAACCCCGUCACCAACGAGACCAAGCCCAUCAACGAGUGCGACAUCAUGCCGCAGCUGUGCAAGCCUGGUACCUGCCACGAUACUCCCACCGGGUUCACUUGUGGCUGCGACCAUGGCUACGAGCACGACAACACGUCGCACUUGUGCCGCGACGUGGACGAGUGCGCGUUAGGCCGCGCGCGCUGCCGCGGACUGGCUCAGUGCGCCAACGUGCCGGGCUCGUACGAGUGCCGCUGCCCGCCCGGCUACCGCCUCACGCCCAGCCUCGACGAGUGCGAGGACGUCGACGAGUGCGACGACGAGCGCCUGUGCGAGCACGGCGACUGCAAGAACACGCUCGGCUCAUACAGAUGCGACUGCCAGCCCGGCUACACGCUGCGCGACAACGCGUGUCGAGACGUGGACGAGUGCGCGCGGCCGCGGCCCAUGUGCCGCAAUGGCACAUGUGAAAACCUGCCCGGCUCCUACGCCUGUCACUGCGACGAGGGCUUCAAGCCCGGCCCUAACAACGACUGCAUUGACAUCAACGAGUGCCGCGAAGGAGGCAUGGUGUGUCGCAACGGCCGCUGCCGCAACACAGUCGGCUCGUUCCGCUGCGAGUGCGCGCCCGGCUACGCGCUCACGGGCGACGGCCGCAACUGCCGCGACGUGGACGAGUGCUCCGAGGAGCCGCACCCCUGCGGCCGCGAGGGCUCGCCGUCCUGCACCAACACUAACGGAGGAUAUGAAUGCUCGUGUGGAGAGGGCUGGCGUCUCGUGGGAAGACGCUGCGUGGACAGAGAUGAGUGCAAAGAGGUGCCGUAUGCCUGCGCCGGUGGCGAGUGCAGAAACUUUAACGGAGGAUACGUGUGCGACUGCCCCGUGGGCUGGCGCUUUGACAAAGCAGCUGCUCUGUGCGUAGAUGAACGCACUGAGAUGUGUUUCGACGAGUGGAGCGGCGGCCGCUGCCACCGCGCGCGCCCGCUGCGCCUCUCGCGACCCGAGUGCUGCUGCUCGGAGGGUGCUGCUUGGGGUACUUAUUGUGAGCGCUGUCCUGCACCGGAAUCUCCGGAAUUCCUGCGCAUCUGCCAAGGCGGCAUGGGACGUCCUAAUAUGACACAGGACCUGGAUGAAUGCAAAGUGCGUCCCGACGUGUGCCGCGGUGGUCGCUGCGUGAACACUGACGGCUCGUUCCGCUGCGAGUGCGCCGACGGCUACAUUCUCGACGCGGCCGCGCUGACUUGCGUUGACGCGGACGAGUGCGCGCUCGACCCGCGCAUCUGUGGCAACGGGACCUGCACCAACACUGAUGGAGGGUACCAGUGCACUUGCAACCUUGGCUUCACGGAGGGACCUGAACACACAUGCGUGGACAUCGACGAGUGCGCAGAAGGCCGGGCCUCUUGUUCGUUCCGCUGCCACAACACGCUGGGCUCGUUCCGCUGCACGUGCCCGUACGGGUACACGGUGGCGGCCGACGGCGUGCACUGCCGCGACAUCGACGAGUGCGCCGCGCCCGACCCGCCCUGCCCGCACGCGUGCGAGAAUAUCGUCGGCUCGUACGUCUGCAAGUGUCCUGAAGGCUAUCGGCGAACAUCAGCGCUACACGACGCGCCCGACGCGUGCGAGGACAUCGACGAGUGCGCCGAGCGGCCGGAGCGCUGCUCGCCCGGCGUGUGCAUCAACACCGACGGCGGCUUCGCCUGCGACUGCGACGCCGGCUUCGAGCCCAGCGAUGAUGGGACGGCUUGCAUCGAUCAUCGAACGGGAAUGUGCCACCGCUCGCUGGUCUCCGGCCGUUGCACCCCAGAGCCGUGGCCCAGGAGGAUCGAGUCCUCUACGCCAGCACUACCUGCACACGUCACUAAGGCUCAAUGUUGCUGUACUGUCGGCGCGGCCUGGGGUCCUGAAUGCGAGCUGUGUCCCGCUCACGGAACUGCCGAGAGAGCUGAACUCUGCACGGUCACCAAUCUCGGCGGAGGCGGCGGCGGCGGUGGCACCGGCGGCGGCGGCGGCGGUUUCGGCGGCGGCUUCGGCGGCGGCAGCGACCACAAAAUCGGAGGCGGACACGGCGGAGGAGUCAUCGGAGGGGACGGCAGGUUCCCGGACAUAUUCGGAGACGUCGACGAGUGUGCGGCCAUGCCUGGACUCUGCGCUCCGGGCAGAUGUGUGAACACGAUUGGCAGUUUCCGCUGCGUAUGCGGCCGUGGCUACAAAUCAGCGGGCGACGUGUGCGUGGACGUGGACGAGUGCGCUGUGCGUCCCAAGCCGUGCGCACAGGUGUGCCGCAACACCGAGGGCUCGUACGAGUGCGCCUGCCGCGCCGGCUACGAGCUCGACGACGACGCCGACUGCAAAGACGUGGACGAGUGUGCGCGCGGAACGCAUACUUGUCAACAGACCUGUACUAAUACGGAUGGGUCUUAUGAAUGCUCCUGUCAAGAGGGAUAUGAGAAACGUGGAGAUGCUUGCGUAGAUGUGAACGAAUGCCACGAGGAGGGCAUCUGCCCGGCGCCGGGCAAGUGCGUGAACCUGCUGGGCUCGUACCGCUGCGUGUGCCCGCGCGGCUUCCGCCUGGACCUGGCCGGCGCGCGCUGCCUCGACCGCGACGAGUGCGAGGACGGCCGCUGCCAGUCGCCCUGCCGCAACUACGCCGGCGGCUACCGCUGCGAGUGCCCGGCCGGCUCCGUGCGCGGCGCGAGCGGCGCAUGCGUGCCUGUGGACGCGUGCGCGGCGGGCCCGUGCGGCGCUUCGCCGUGCUUCCCGGUGGCGGGCGCCUACCGCUGCGGCUGCCCCGCCGGCUACGGCUGGGACGCGGCGCACGGCGUGUGCCUGCAGUUGGCUGGCGGCUGUGCUACAGCUAGCUGCUUAUUCGGCUGCCAGUCUCUCGGCGACUCGUUCGAGUGCGGCUGCCCCACCGGCUACAGACUGGUCGGAGCUGGUCACUGCCUCACGGCGCUCGACGCAGCAUUACCUCCCGAUGACAUAGGAGACGCGCCCGUCUUCCCGCUCGGCAACCAGUACAAGGUUGGAGGGACGGGAAGCGACUUGGUAUCUAACGAGGGCUGCUUCAGCUGUAAGAUAAAUGGACGUAGACGAAGAGCACCCGAGGAAGCAUUAGUAUUCGCCAACGGCACCACAGUCGUAAGGAAACGCAGGAGACGUAGCAGACGGCGCCGCUCGCUGCUGGAGCCCGAAGCAGAGCUGAUCGUGAUCGCUGCGACGGCGCGCCAGACGUGGGGCCGCGCGCCGCUGCUGCGCCUCGUGCCCGCUGAGGGCAGCGCGCGCGCGCACUACCGCAUCGCGUAUGGGGACGACGACAAGGACUUCAUCCUCAACAAGCGUGAUGGCGCGUGGGCAUUACGAAUGCGCCGGCACCUCAAGUCAAACACAGAGUUAGAACGACAGCUGGAAUUAGAAGCCCGCUUCGUCUACCCGCAGUCGAGGCCGCGUUCUCGUCGCGCCGCCCUCUCCCCGCUCGCUUCCUCCACCCCUCUCGCGCCCGCGCCGUUACGCCUCUACGUCACUGUCCGAGUUGCGCCCGCGCCUUCGAAACGCUGAUACGGUAUCUGUACGGCUAGCACGAAAAACUUUCGAGUUCAAAUCGUUUGCAUACUCGAAUCGCCAUCAAAAGAUUUAGUAAGAAAACUACAACAGCGCCCUUGUGAACGUGUCGUAAAGUGAACUUGGUAUGAGAUGUGGUUGCACGAAACUUAUUUUGAGAAUCAAAAUUGUCACGUUAUCGUUUAAUUCAAAGAUUGAGUAUCGAAUUUUAUCGAAUACGCAAACGAUUCGAAGACGAAAGUUGUUCAUGCUAGAGGUACUGGUAUACGAAACUAGACUUGUUUUGUGAAGCUGUGUAAGAAUGAAAACGUUGAUGUUUCUUGAGUGGAUUUUUUUGGAUGAAGGUAUUUUUACGUUGCUUCGUGACGUGUGAGGAGUAUACGAUAUUUUUGUGGAAUCACUGUAAUCUACGCAUUCCACGUAGCAAUGUAAAUAUACCUUUUCAUCUUUCGUAAUUAGAAAAAGAUUUGUAGAGUGUUUUAUUCAUGUAUUAUUUUUGGAUUUUGUGGAGAUAUGUAAAUUGAGUUUCCAAGAAGAAAUAAGUAUAGCUAUGUAACUGUUAAUAAAAUUACAUCCAUAAUGAACGGAAUGAAAUUAAAAAGCGUCUUAAAACGUCUUAGUAAUUUCAGAGAAUACCGUUUCUCGAGUUUGUUAAUUAUGUUCUCUAAAUAUUGUUUUUUUUUACGUUUCCUAAUUAUUACUCCUCUAUGUUGGUUUUGCGCUGUUCAUGUGAAAAACACAUUCUGCUAUUAAACCAUCAAAUGAUAUUUUCACAAAUGAAUUGUUCCUGGAACUUCCUGAAAUGGUUAUGAAAAUAGCUUCGUAAGUAUUCAAAACGAAACGCUCUACACUUCUCUUGGUAAUUUGAUAUAUUUUUCAAUUAUAGAGAUGCACUUGUGAAGUCGAUAAAAUUAUCGAUAUGAAAAAAAAAAUUGUUUCAGAGUGUAAUAAUAUCUUGCUUUUUGCUGACAUAACUAUUUUAACAAAAAUAUUACUGUCGUUACUAAUAUUAGUUGGCGUCGCAAAAAGCAGGAUGUUGAUUUAUGUUGUGUAAAUAAUAUUAUAAUGAUUGGAGUGGUAAUAAAAUGAUUGAGUGUUAUGUAAUCACUGCCAUGUAUCCAGUCACUGAGCGACAACAUACUGCCAUAGUGUUGUGCUAAGUCACGCGCACUCAUAUCGGUAGAUUAACUGAACAAAAUGUCAGUUAACAGGAAUUUUAUGUAAGUUUCUUAUAUUUGACGAUAAGGCUAGUCACACUACGUAUGAAAAGAAAGUGUCACUGGAACGAUUGACUGGUUUUUGUCGCCUUUGAAUAUUUUUGGCCAACGGAUAACGCUAUGUGAGUCUAUCUAAACUAAUUUAGUGUAUCUUCUUCUCUUAUCACAAUAACUUUCACUACAAAGCUAAACCUACGUUAAAAUAUAGCAAUACCUACCCCAGUUAAAACAUCAUUAAUUUUCGAUAAACAACUUUAAAAAGUCCAGUUCAACUUUUCAUUAAAUGGUGAAUAAUAAAGUUUUAAGUCAGUUUAGUUUAGAGACUGGCACAAUGGAGUUGUGUCAAUUCACGACUAAAUGUUAAAGUUGGUUAAUCGAAUCACUAAGCGGGCCGCGUCGGCGCAAAAUAUUCAAGGCAUGUUCCUCCGAGUCAUGCAGUCCGGCCGCCUGGGGCGAUCUCGUCGGCAGUAUUAAAUUGUGUGAGGUUUGAAUGCAUAAUAAUUAUGUACUAGUUAUUGACGAGAGAGCGUCGAAUAUCGUCCAACCAAAUAGAUGUAUUUAAAUAUCGAAUGUAAUACGAGUACGAUACGAUUAUCGAUAUUUUUUAUGUUUAACGUUUCGCAUCACCAUUUGCCAUUGAAAGCCAGUGUAUAGGUGUUCGUUUAACAUAAGUAACAAAUACGUAGAUUUAUUAAGAGCCUAUUUAUUUUUAUUCUCAUUCUAAGUCUAAGGUAGCGAUAAAAUCUGCGUACAUUCGAAGAUUUAUUUUAUAUUUGCAUAAGCUGAAUUUAAUAUUAUAUUUUGGCUCGUAGAAAGUACAAAAGUGAAUGCAAUAGAGCUGUUUAAUUUUGUAAAUAUGUGUAUACAAAAAUAAAAAUUAAUAUAAAAUGUUAGUACAUUUAGGCUUAAUUAAUACCUUACAGAAUAAAGAUAAUGUAUGUUGGUGGAUGAAAAUAAAAUUAAUAAAUUUUUAAUUCAAAUAAA